AUGGACGGCUUCAGAAAGUUCAAGGAUGCAUCCAAGAAGGUCAAGGAAGGUGCAGGUGGUGCCGAUGUCAAGGCCAAGGUCGAUGGUGCUAAAGCCAAAGAUCCUACUGCUGACUUCCAAGGACUUAACAGCGACCAAGCUAAGGCCAUCAUGGACAAGAUUGACACCCUUGAUGCCCAGCUUAAGACCUUCAAGGAAACCGCGGACAAGUGCUUCAAGGCAGCCAACGAGGUUAGAUCCAACAUCUUCUGUUCAGGUUGUAUUUCCGCUACCGGAUUCACCACUGGUGCAUCUGGCUUGACCUACACCUUCCAGACCACUACCUGCAACGCUGCCCUGGAGGCCUGUGUUCCUGUUUGGAGCCUCAUGUUCAAUCUGCAAGCCCAAAUGCAGAUUGCUGUCGAAGUCAGAAGAGCCAACGGCAACACUACUGACAAGCCAAAGGGUCCCCCAAAGAUUCCUAGAGGAAAGAGCUUCGGCGACCUCGCUACUCUGUUUACUGCCUGCCCUAACGGAAAGGUUGAAGGCACUUGCACCCAAGAAAAUCUCGAUACUUUGUGCGCCAAUCGCCAAGCCUGCUGA